AUGUUUCACGGUCAAAGCAAAGCUAUUACACUUAAUCCGUUACAAGAACUGAGGAGGAGCAUUGACCCAGAAAAGGGAUUUCAUCUUACUCUGGAUCUUGAGCGGGACACAUCGCAGAGAUUAGAUGAUUUCCUUACUAUCGAAGAACCGAUUGAUCAAAAGAGUACAUCAUCGCAAACUAGCUGUAAAGAUAUGUUCAUAGCAUGGGCUAGUAAGCUACCGAGGGGUAGCUAUUUAGAUGAAGAAGCUACUGAUAAAGAGGAAGUUGCAGAGAGAUCUGAUGUACAGAGUGGGAGCUUUUUGAAGGCCAAAAGGGAUAUAGAGGAUUCACUCGGAUUUGACGAACAUGAAGAUAUUAUACUUGUUUCGCGGAGUGUUCGGGCAUCGAGGAACGGGGGCAAUGGAUUAUGUUGA